GGAAGUAGCGGUGCGCUAGAGAGCUAGCGGUGACCCGGGCAACCAGCGGUGAUCGAGCGAGGGGAAGGUGGUGCCGGCGGGUCGCUGCCACUGCGCGCCGGAGUUGGCGGUUAGAGGCGGGGCCGGCAGCCCGGGACCGGAGUCAGAAUUGCUUGGAUUCAACACUGCGAUUCCAACCAUGGGUUUGUCUGUAUCUACCCCUGCUGUUGCAGUUCAGACCUCAAAUGCUUCAGAUCAUCAGACAGCAGCCCCGCCUUCGGGAUGCCCAAUGCAUGAAGGGAAGAUGAAAGGCCGUGAAGUGAGUGCCGAGCCAUCCGACCCAACCUGUGGGAGCAAAACGAACUCUGUGCCUGCGCACCAAGAACGCGCGUACGAGUACGUGCAGUGUCCUGUCACCGGCGCGAUGGCUGAGAAUAAGGAGAACCUAGAUCCUUCUAACCUGAUGCCACCACCUAAUCAGACGCCGGCCCCCGAUCAGCCGUUUGCACUAUCUACUGUGAGACAGGAGUCGUCUAUUCCGAGGGCAGAUUCAGAUAAAAAGUGGGUUUAUCCUUCCGAACAGAUGUUCUGGAAUGCGAUGUUAAGGAAAGGGUGGACAUGGAAGGAUGAGGAUAUUAGUCAGAAAGACAUGUAUAAUAUCAUUAAAAUUCACAACCAGAACAACGAGCAGGCCUGGAAGGAAAUUUUGAAGUGGGAAGCCCUUCACGCUGCGGAGUGUCCUUGUGGUCCAUCACUGAUCCGGUUUGGAGGGAAAGCGAAAGAGUAUUCACCAAGGGCAAGAAUUCGUUCCUGGAUGGGGUACGAGCUGCCUUUUGACAGGCACGACUGGAUCGUCAACCGUUGCGGGACAGAAGUCAGAUACGUCAUUGACUACUACGAUGGUGGCGAGGUCAACCAAGACUACCAGUUCACCAUCUUGGAUGUCCGGCCGGCUUUGGAUUCGCUCUCGGCCGUGUGGGACCGGAUGAAGGUCUCCUGGUGGCGCUGGACUUCCUAACCACUGCUUUGUCAGAGAUGGGAAUAUAUAAACUGGGUUUUUUUCUGAGCAAUACAUUAAACUGCUUUCCCCAAACUGAA